AUGCUUUGAAAAGGUGAAUAUUGUGUAUAUAUUGUGACUUCUAUUUAACAGAUCCUGAAUUUAACGAAUUAUGCGAUUUAAUAGAUUUUUCGCUCUGGUCCUAAUCGAAUGCGUUUAGCAUUUGAUUCAGUACGAAGUCUCAUGCAACAUUUCCUGCAAUAAAGCAACAUUUUCAUAUUUUCUGUUUGAUGUGGAUAGAAAAUGGAGCAACCAAAAUAUGCCUGUACCAAUGUUGUGUCUACUAAUCAAACAUCAGGAAAUAUGAGCAGAUAUGAAUUACUUCACUGGAUCAAUGAAACUUUGGGUUUGCAAAUAAAAAAAAUUGAAUCUCUUUGUUCAGGUGCUGUUUAUGCUCAAUUCAUGGACAGAUUAUUCCCUGGUUGUAUAUCCUUGAAAAAAAUUAAAAUCCAGGCUAACCAAGAGCACGAAUAUGUUUCUAAUUUGAAGCACCUUCAAACCUCUUUUAAGAAAGUUGGCUGUAGUCAGGAAGUGCCUAUUACAAGGUUAAUUAAUGGACGGUUUCAAGAUAAUUUUGAAUUUUUGCAAUGGUUUAAGAAAUUUUAUGAUGCAAAUCAGUGUGUUGACACACAAGUUUAUGAAACUGACUGCAAACAACCUACAACCAAUAAAGGCAAAUCACAGUAUACUACCCCUAUUUCUUACAAUCCAGUUGGAAGAGCAAAUCAUCUGCCACACAUUAAAUCUGAAGAAGAUAACUUGAACAAACAAGUUAAUGAGCUAAAAAAGUGCGUUGAUCAAGUUACCCAAGAAAAGGAUUUCUAUUAUGGCAAAUUAAGAGAAAUAGAACUUUUGUGCAUAGAGGCUUCAAAAGAACCUGACAAUCCUGACUCACAAGAACAUGCAUGGGACAGAGAAAAUUUUAUUAAUAAAAUCAGGGAAGAACUUUAUAAAGAGGAGUUUUAGGGAGGAGCUCAGUGUUAACGCUGAAGAAACUAGAUAUGCACUGGAAAGAAAUAAAAAAGAAUGAAAUACAUGUAAAGCAUUUAUGAAUUGAAUCUGUGAUUGAAGUGCUUUUGUAUAGUGCUUGUGAACAAAACUAAGCUGUAUUUGUCAUUUGAAAUGUUUUAGAUGUUGUAUUUAUACUUACUGUUUUUAUUGAUAUUAAAGUAUUCUCAAGUUCUUAAAAAA